AUGACGUCCUCACUUCCGUACGCGGUCAAUCUGCUCCCUUUCGCAGGCAAAGUCAUUGCUGUUACUGGAGCCAGUCGAGGACUAGGCUUGGCCCUAUGCAAAUACUUGCUGAUACGAGGCGCUACCGUGUCAAUGUGCGCGACAUCAAAGGAAAAUCUAUCCAAAGCUACCAAAGAGAUCGACAGUGAACUCCCUAAUGCAAAGGGACGUUACUGCACGUGGAUUGUUGAUAUUUCCAACCUGGAUAGUGUUCGGAUAUGGAUUGAAGAGACAGUAACGAAAUUUGGAAAGCUGGACGGCGCCGCUAACGUCGCUGCGGUGGAGCAACGCGACAUCUUUCCACUUACAGAUCUGGACCCGGAAUACUUUGCAAGACUAGUCAAUGUCAAUGUCGUCGGUACCUUUCACUGUCUCAAGGAAGAGAUGAAGGUGAUCACAGAUGGUGGUUCAAUCGUUAACGUAGGAAGCAUCGCAAGCCAGUACGCAAUGUACGGCGCUUCAGCAUAUGUUGCUGCAAAGCACGGUCUAAUUGGAUUGACCAAGGUUGCUGCCCUUGAAGGAGCACCGAGACGAGUCAGAGUCAACGCCAUGUGCCCUGGCUGUUUCAAUACAGAGAUGAUGACCAAGCCGUUCAACUCUCCUGCUGGCGAAUUCCACCUCAACAAGGACAAUAUCCCGUGCAUCUUGAACCGCGAACUACCCGAGACAUGGGAGAUUGCUGGGUCUAUUGCAUUUCUGCUCGGGGACGAGGCAGCACACGUUACGAAAGCAGCAUGGUAUGUUGAUGGUGGAUGGGGAGAGGGAAAGUUAGGUGUGUAA